CGCUGAGUCUGUGUUCCAACUCUGACAUCCUGCUUUAAUAGCAACCGAAUCACUAACUCCAUUUCCUGACAUUCCCCACAACUGAAAUUCAUCACCCAGUCCCUUUGUAUCAGGAUCGUGAACAUUUGAGUGGUGUUUUCAACUCAACAACAUCAAGGGUCCCUGCUUGUGUUGUGUUUGAACCCUGAGUUGAAAGUCUAUUUGUGUUGAUGUACACUACUACUGCGUCAGAAAGAUAGAGACGACAAAAAACAUCAUGGGUUCCAAGUCCGCAUCACCAGGGCCAAGUGCAAAGCCAGCAGCACCCGCAAAGCAGAUGAGGUCCCGGAAAGGCACUCCGCCCAGCCAGGCUGAGCAAGGAAGGGCUGGCUCCGCGGGAGGUGUCGUCUUGCCAAAAGGAAAAGUAGCAAGAGCAUCGACUUCACCUUCAAAGAAAAUUGCAGCGGCAGCAAUUCGGCCCUCAGUUGAUACAACUGCAGCCGAAGUAAAGACUCCAAGAAGAAAGCCCAGGAAACUCAACAAAAGUCCCACCUCAACCCCUAUCAACACCCCACCGUCUCCCACCCGCACCAAUAUAUCGAAAGGGAGCCCUUCUUCCUCCGAGCUUGAAGCCCUGAAGGCACGAGUCAGGGAGUUAGAGGCAAAGGUGGAGGAUUUGUACAAGACCGGUGCAACUUCAGACGCUCGCUCAGGCCGCUCACCCCGUCGACGAGGCAAAGGACGAAAGGCUUCAUCCACUAUUCAACUCACUCGCACCAACACCAACGCAAGUGACGCAAGCGUCAACAAUGCAAGAGUCCAAGAAGUCGUCGACAACGACGAAGAAGAUGCAGACGAAGAACUCGUCCGUCUAGAAGGCGAACUCGAAGUCGCCCGUCAAGACCUCGAACACUACCGCCCCAGAACCCGGCGUGCCAGGUCCGACGAGACUGAGUACGUCGAAGAAAUCCCACGACGCAGCAGCAACGGAGGCACAGAGCGUCAAGUAACUCUCAGCGGCAGCUACCGCAUCCCGAUCCCCGCCUCGGUCAACCUCGAAGACGUCCAAACAAUCAAAUCCGGCGUCUCAGCCGCCCAAAACGUCGCUCGUUCGUUCCUCGAACAGCGUCGUGCUGCCGCUGCUGCUGCUCGCGCAACGCAAGACACCCAGCCCUCGUCUGCGUCAACGACAACGAAGGUGCCAGCCUCCAAGACGCGUCCCCAGCGCAGUAUGAGUUCGAAUCUUGAGGUCGCGGUGGAUAAUCGCAAUGGUAAGCAGAGCUGGAGCGAUUGGAUUGGAGGGUAUAGUAUGGCUAUUACGAGGGCGGUGAGCAAGAUUGAGCAUGAGGCUGCGGUUGAGGCGCAGAUGGCGAGGGAAAAUGGUGGUGGGAGGAGGACGAGUGUGCCGACGUCGAAGAAGAUGGCGGGGAAGCGGCCGGCUGCGAGGGCUACGUUGAGUGGGGAGCAGGUGCAUGGGCUUAUGAGUUGAGGCGGAGAUAUGGGAGAAUAGAAGAGUGGGUGUUCAUAACUCAUACUGGUAAGUUCAGAAGGGAUAUGCGUGUUAGAGUUGGAUAAAAUAACGCUUUUUGGGAGAUUUG